UUGGAGAAUGUCACACAAGCGACACAAUUACUUCAGGUCAACAAAAAAACGUUGGAAGACGUGGACGCGAUUUGUGAAGUCUGUAGUUCUCUUAAUACCUUACAGGUCCAGAAGAUAUUGUCCAUGUACACACCAGCCAACGAGUAUGAAGCCAGAGUACCUUCGUCUGUGGUUCGUGCAGUUGUGGAGCGCGGCCAUAACAAGUCAGAUCCUAUGUACCUGAUGACUGAUAUAGCGUACAUGUAUCCCUUUACGUUGCCUUUCACUCCUUCAGCUGUGUCGUUAGAGUCUCUGACCAUCCCUGAUCAUUUGAACCUUGAUUUUCUUAAGGUGGUGUAAAGUUUGUGUUAGUACUAAAUAGCAGAAUUGGGGUUUUGGAUUGGAGCUAGAAUUUCCUUUUAAAUUUAAAUUUUUUUUCGCAUUAAGAAUACUCAUGUCCAAGUUCUGUCAUUAUUGGGUGCAUGUUGGUACCUCAAAUCAAUUAGACUGCUUCGUGUCAUUUCGAAGGACCCCUACCAAAAAGGUAUUAUACGCUAAUAUAUAAUUUAGAGAAAGCCGUCAUUGGCUUUGAAGUUAAGAAACAAGUUAUGAAUGGA